AAUGUCUGAGAAUAUCUAAAAUAGAGUGUCAUCAAUCUUUGAAAAAUUAAAUAACAUAUCAACUAGUGUUUAGGAUGAGUAAUUAUUAAAUUAAUGUUUUAGAAAGAACAAUCGUUUUCAUGCAAUAAGUUAAUUGAUCAUGGCAUUUGAAGCAUAAUUGCAACAUUAAUCUGAUUAAAAAGAAGAGAAGUUCACUUAUAUUGCUGCCAAAGUCAGACAGAUAACAGAAUUUUUAGAAUAAGAAUAAGAGAAGUAUUUUGAAUAAUAAUACAUUAAGUCGCGAAAGAUAAGAAACAGAAACAUUCAAAUUGAUUACAGACUUGGAAAGACAUGCAAGAAGAUUGAUUGAAUAAAACUCUAAAGAGAGAGUAGAAUAAGAAAAAAAGAUUGUGUAUUCAAUUGGAUAAUAAAUUGAGUCCUUAUAAUAAGAUGUUAUUAAGGAAGGAUUAGUAAUAAAUGUAUUAAUUUAGGCAUAAUCAACAUCUCAUGAAUAUAUUGAUUCAUAUUUAAAUGAAGAUUUACCAAAAAUAGCAGAUGAAUUGUAAAAUGAGAUUACAGAAAGAAAAGAUGUAGAGGAAAAGAUAUAUCAUUAAUUUGUUGAAUAAUUGAAUGAUUUAAGAUAAUUAUUUGAAAAGUAAUUAUAAUAAAUAUAUUAUUUAUAGAGAAAAAAAAGAAAGAGAAAUAAAAGAGGAAGAAAUAGUAGAAAGUUUAAGAGAGAUCUCAAAUAGAAUCUAAGAAUAAUUAAAAAAGACAAGAGGAGAAAGGGAAAAGACAGAAGAAACAUUAGUGACAUUAGUUGAAAAAGUUAUUGAAAAACUAAAAAGAGAAAUGUUAGAAAUGAAUUUAUGA